AUGGUAAUCUCAAACGCCACUCUCUCUCUUCGAGAGUUAAUCCAAGACAUUUGGAAUUAUUUGAAGGAGAUGAGCAUAGUCAAGAACGAGACUUUUGAGCCCUUGGUCGCUUCCAUCGCGUUUGCAGUGUGGGUGGCAAUGUUCAGGUUGAUCGACAGAAGUCAACAGUGGAGGAAGUUUAAGAUCAUCGACGAGGAGAUGCGCGAGAGGUACAAGACGUUACUCCUUUCGCAAGUUUUCCUUGGAAUUUUUGUCUAUGACUUUCUCUUCUUUUGGAUUCAUCUUUCCAUGCAUAAGUUGAAAUAUCUUGGAUUUCUUGGACAUGCUGUACAUCACAGGAAACAUCCUUUAGAAGCGACUCAAGUUGUCAACCACUCUUUUGCUGAUGGUUUCUUGCAAGUGAUGACCAACAUUAUCACCUUGCACCUGGUUCGAUCGCACCCCAUGGUUGUCAUCACAUACACUUUCUCUCCACCUCUUCAGUCUCUGUCCUGUCCGGUUUUGACAUUCCCUGGAUGCUUCAUCGGCUUGUUCCCUUGGGGAUUCUUGGAGGGCCACCAGCUCAUGAGAAGUGAGUGGGAGAACACGAUCAGAAAGGAGAAGGGGAAGGAAUGA